GCAAUUUUCAUAACCCCAAAUUGGACUAGAAGACUAGAAUUUGAAUCAAAAAUUUGAAAUUUCUGGAAAAUGUCACGGCUCAUUUCAUCAUCAAAUUUUUGAAUUAUAAUAUCCUAGAUUGGCAUCACUCGAUUCACAAAUGUAUCCUGGUUCCUCCCCAAAUCUCGACAGUGAUAUCACAAUAUGUUUAGGAGACAGUUUAUUAAGAAAACAAGAUAUAGAAUUACUGCGAACUCCGUCAUGGCUGAAUGAUACUGUUAUAGCAUUCUACUUCGAAUAUUUGGAAACAAAUGUCUUUAGAGGAAAUAAAGCUACGCUAUGUGUGCCUCCCCAAGUUACACAGUGUGUAAAGAUGAUCCCUGCCAAUGAAAUAAGUGCCUUCUUAGAUCCCCUAAAGGCUCAUAAAAAAAACCUAAUAUUAUUCGCACUGAAUGAUCAUGAAUUCUGUGAAGCAGCAGGGGGUACACACUGGAGUUUGCUAGUGUUUUCAAAAUUGGAUUCAAGAAUUUAUCACUUUGAUUCUUGCAAUGGACUGAAUAGAAAUCAAGCAAUUGAGUUCGGGCAGAAAUUGGCUGCUUAUUUGGGAAAAUCCUUUCAUGAAAGCGUGAUUGAAGCUAGUUGCUUGCAACAAAACAAUAACUACGAUUGUGGUGUUCACGUUCUUUGCAAUGCAGAACACAUAAUAAAUUAUGCAGCGCGUAACAGGACAGUAGAAGGAUGCCCUAUUCUUGAUCAAGGAACUGUAAAUGGAUUCAGACGGAAAAUGUUCGAUAUUGUCAUGGACAUAGGGGCAAAAUCAAAAAAGUUCUGAACAUCAGAAAAAUAAGGCAUUCAAAAAUCGAAGUAUUCUUCAGUAAAACACAUCUUGAAUGAA